AUGCUGACCUCUUGGCUUUCCAACCCACCAGCUAGCAAUCGCUCAAGCGUCGACGAGGCCAGGGGUGCUGCCGAAGAUGACGACACCACUGUGGUCGAGGCCGAUCAGGGCAACGUGCUCGGCCACAUCAUUUCCCAGCUUCGCCCUGGAGCUGAUCUGAGUCGCGUUGUUUUGCCGACCUUCAUUCUGGAGCCUCGUAGUAUGCUCGAGAGAAUUACAAACUUCAUGUGCCACCCCGAAAUGCUCCUCCCUAUACCCGAGAUCGACGACCCAGUACUACGAUUCGUUUCCGUUGUCAAGUUCUACUUGAGUGGAUGGCAUAUUAAACCACCAGGAGUGAAGAAGCCCCUGAACCCGAUCCUCGGCGAGGUUUUCUCCUGCUACUGGGAUUUGCCCGAUAACACGAGGGCAUACUACAUCUCCGAGCAAACGUCGCAUCACCCUCCCAAGUCCAGCUACUUCUACAUGGUCCCCGAGCACAACAUUCGCGUUGAUGGCACACUCAAGCCCAGGAGCAAGUUCCUCGGAAACUCGGCGGCGAGCUUGAUGGAGGGUACAGCGGUCUUGUCCUUCCUUAAUAGGGGCAAGGACAAGACCAAGGGCGAGCGAUACAUCUUGACGCAGCCAAACAUGUACGCCCGAGGCAUUCUCUUUGGAAAGAUGAAGUAUGAACUUGGAGAUCACAGCUUUGUCCGGUGCCCAGAACUCGACUUGGUCGCCGACAUUGAGUUCAAGGUGAAGGGCUGGGUCAGCGGUACCUAUAAUGCGAUUGGCGGCUCAAUCAAGCACGAAAGCACAGGCGAAGUUCUCUACGAACUGUCAGGCUUUUGGAACGAUGAGAUGUUUGUCAAAGAUGUCAAGACUGGUCAUAAGGAGAUGUUCUUCAACGCCAGACGAUCGAAGCCCAGCAGUCCCCUGGUGCGGCCUAUCGAAGAGCAGGAUGAGCGCGAGUCCCCGAAGCUUUGGGCACCGACAGCUCAGGCUGUGAAGGAUCGCAACCAUGAGCUUGCGACGGAGGAGAAGACCAAGGUUGAAGAUAGACAACGUGAGGAACGUGAGACCAGAGCUCGCGAGGGCGUUGAAUGGAAGCCUAGGCUUUUCAGGGCCGUUCAGGGCGGCCCGGGUGGGCCUGAAGAAGGCGAGGAAGAGUUGGAGUGGAUCAUCAACGCUCACAUCGACCACACGAGCCCAGAGAAGCAGACCGAACAGAUCUUGGCCAUAUACCCUAUUCUUCCGGGGCAGAAGCCUUUUACGGCAAACGCCAUUCCUCCCCAUCAGCCCUCGGCAACAACAGAGGCCCCGGCCCCGACCCCAGUUCCGGUCGCUCAGCAGCAUGAUGGAGGGAAUGAUCUGAUCGAUUUCAGCGACGCGUCAGCUAUCACCCCGACGGCCCCAACUGCGACUGCGCCUGCGGUUCAACCACCAAGCGGUACUCCUCCGGCCGCUCAGGAGGCGCGGAGUGGAUCCAAAGACAUUGAAGGUAUACUCAACAGCACCGGAACGCAGGCAAAGGAGGGACCUUUGAUGGACUUUACGGACAUGAAGAAGAGCGUGCCGCCGCUUAAGAGAGCCGAUGAGAGCAACGACAGCUUCCAUGACGCUUUGGAGUAG